AUGUCGGUGCAGGUGGCAGCCCCUGCUGUGGAGCUAAAGGAGCUGAGCGGCCCCAUGGAUAAAGCGGCGGGGCCACCGUGUGAGCCGGUGACCGCUCACACUCCGGGGCACGCUGUGGCAGCCGCUCAAUGCUCGCUGCCGGCCACCGAACGUGAGACGGCCCCGGCGGCGGCGUCCUCCUCCUCCUCCUCCUCCUCUUGUGGUAGUGGCGGCGGCGAGAGGCCUCCGUUGAGUGGCUGCCCCGGGUUGUCUGCCACUGGUUUGCCGCUUGGCGCUGCCAAGGUGCCGCAGGCUUCGGCCAUGAAACGGAGUGACCCGCACCACCCCCAGCACCGGCACCGAGACGGCGGCGACAACGGCGGCGGCUGCACGGCCGAGGCGCUCGUCAGCCCUGAUGGCACCGUCACCGAGGCGCCGCGCACCGUUAAGAAGAUCCAAUUUGCUGACCAAAAGCAAGAAUUCAACAAGCGCCCGACGAAGAUUGGUCGCCGCUCGCUGUCCCGCUCCAUCUCCCAGUCCUCCACAGAUAGCUACAGCUCAGCUGCCUCCUACACAGACAGCUCUGAUGAUGAGACCUCCCCCCGAGACAAGCAGCAGAAGAACUCCAAAGGCAGCAGCGAUUUUUGUGUCAAAAACAUCAAACAGGCAGAGUUUGGGCGCCGGGAGAUUGAAAUCGCUGAGCAAGAAAUGCCUGCACUAAUGGCUUUGAGGAAGAGAGCUCAGGGAGAGAAGCCACUGGCCGGGGCCAAGAUCGUGGGCUGCACGCACAUCACAGCUCAGACAGCGGUCCUGAUGGAGACUUUGGGCGCGUUGGGCGCACAGUGCCGAUGGGCUGCCUGCAACAUCUACUCCACCCUUAAUGAAGUGGCUGCUGCCCUUGCUGAGAGUGGCUUCCCUGUCUUCGCCUGGAAGGGGGAGUCUGAAGAUGACUUCUGGUGGUGCAUCGAUCGCUGCGUCAACGUCGAAGGAUGGCAGCCCAACAUGAUCUUGGAUGAUGGAGGAGAUCUCACUCAUUGGAUCUACAAGAAAUACCCCAACAUGUUUAAGAAGAUCAAGGGGAUUGUAGAGGAGAGUGUGACUGGUGUCCACAGGCUGUACCAGCUGUCCAAAGCAGGGAAGCUCUGCGUCCCAGCCAUGAAUGUCAACGACUCGGUCACAAAGCAGAAGUUUGACAACCUCUACUGCUGCAGAGAGUCCAUCCUGGAUGGCCUUAAGAGGACCACGGACAUGAUGUUUGGUGGAAAGCAAGUGGUGGUUUGUGGCUACGGGGAGGUUGGAAAGGGCUGCUGUGCUGCUCUGAAGGCCAUGGGCUCCAUAGUGUACGUGACAGAGAUUGACCCAAUCUGUGCCCUGCAGGCCUGCAUGGAUGGAUUCCGGCUCGUGAAGCUCAAUGAAGUCAUCAGACAAGUUGACAUCGUCAUCACCUGCACAGGCAACAAGAAUGUGGUGACCAGGGAACAUCUGGAUCGGAUGAAGAACAGCUGCAUUGUCUGCAACAUGGGGCACUCCAACACCGAGAUUGAUGUGGCAAGCCUGCGUACACCCGAGCUGACCUGGGAGAGGGUGAGGUCCCAGGUGGACCAUGUCAUCUGGCCUGAUGGGAAGAGAAUAGUCCUUCUGGCAGAGGGUCGUCUGCUCAACCUGAGCUGCUCUACCGUCCCCACCUUCGUCUUGUCCAUCACUGCCACCACACAGGCUUUGGCAUUGAUAGAGCUGUACAACGCUCCCGAAGGCCGCUACAAGCAAGAUGUCUACUUGCUGCCGAAGAAAAUGGACGAGUACGUGGCCAGCCUUCACCUCCCAACCUUCGAUGCCCACCUGACAGAGCUAACAGAUGAGCAAGCAAAGUACCUGGGACUGAACAAGAAUGGACCUUUCAAACCAAACUACUACAGCAGCUGUCAGCCAGACGUGGCACAUGGCAGGGUGGUGCCACCAUCUGAUGCCAACUCGGAUGACAGCUUUAUUUUUAACCUUUGA